AUGAUGGUCUUGUGUGCAAAUUUUGGUAGAUUAGGGAGGUUACAAGAUAGCAAUGCGGUUCUUGCAUACUACAAUGAAUUUGCAGAGAAUUGCUUUGCUGAUGUAUCGUUGGAAUUCGCUAGAAACACCCGUCUUUUGAAAUCAAUGAAAGCAGACCUCGAUUACAUUUUCUUGAAACUAAGGAGCAUCAAAAGUAAGAUUCUUGCUACAUAUCCAGACGCAUUUCCAGAUGAUUCUACUAGUGAUGCGUUUGAUCGAAGGCCUGAUCUCGAGUUGCCUCAGUAA